AUGGCAUCAUCAUCAUCAGCAACAGCACCAAAUUCUUCAGGGAAUUCAGAUAAUAUUUCAAAUCAAUCAUCGAAUAUCAACGAUGAAAUUAUUUCAGCAACUGAACCACCCGCUUUAUUCGCAAUUAGAAGUCGCCGUGAUGUGGUUUGUGCACGACCAUUUGAAGACGUUAAUAUGGGCUCAUCAGAUGCAGAUACAUCAUCUGGAACAGUUACAAAACCGAACGACAAUAAAUCUUCAUCUACCAGUAAACAUGCAUAA